UCUCAUUCAUGUUUUGUUUUGAAUAAUUUUUGAAGACAUGUUUACGUUGAAUUUGAUUUAAACUUUAUAGAUAAUAGUUAGAAAUUUAUCUAUGGAUGAAUUACGAGGGCCCACGAUACAAAUAGUACUUCAUGUUAAAGAGGGACUUGGAUUUGGGUUUUUGAAGUCACCGUUUAUAGUGAGCGGCUCCUUAAAUGGCUACGUGUUAGAAACUGACCCUGUAGUUCCUGCUCAUGCCCCUGUUUUUGAUGCCGAACUUGUCUGGGAAGCUGACAAGAGAAGAUUUAGAAACCUACGGGUGCAGAAUGUCCCCGUCAAAGUGGAGGUGUUCACGCUGGCCACACAGGGACGCAAGGACAAGGUGGGCUACCUGCUUCUGAGCCUGCUCGCAGCCCGGCCCCGACCUAGCAAUAAGGUUGUUGAGAUAAAGCACACCUCGCACAAGUUGCUAGGAGUGAAGUCUGAGGGCAAGUGCUGCCAUCCCCAGCUGAUGCUGAGCCUCACCGUGGAGGACAGAACUAGUACACCAACACCGAGAAAUGAGCUCCGCAUAUUCCACAGUAAUGAAGUGGCGUAUCCAACAUCGGCGAGAGCCAAGUCACCUAAUUUCCGCAGUACGCUAUUGACUGUCAACGAAUACCUCUCAGAAAGCAAGAAGACUGCAUCAUCACCGGCGCUGCGGCCCCAGUUGCUGUGCGAUGAGGGACUGAUUCAAGUUGGAGACGGCAAGGACCACUUCUUACUGAGCUUCGUCAUUGGCACGGCUGAGAAUGUAGAUGUGCUGCUACCAGACUCUCCCGAAACAACUGACAUCGGCGACUGUUAUAUCACUUAUUCUGUCUUCACGCACAAUAUUAUGACCGAUAGAGCAACCUGCGCGCCGACAGAGGGCGCCCGCGCGCACUUCAACCAGCGCUCCAGCCUGCGCCUGCGCACAAGCCUCGCCGUGCUCGCCGCCUACUUCGCAGAGUGUCCGCUGGUCGUUGUGAAACUGUGUGUGGGGGAGAAGGAUGUCGGCAUAUGCAGCAUGGACCUCAGAAAGCUGAUUCCCACGGACAACCUGCAGCAUUUCCUGGACAGUUUCUGCAACUCCGACCACAGUCUUACAAUCCACGAGCGAUGUUACAUGCUGCCGUUUGAAGAGAAUAAUAAGGGCGGCAACAGACGGGCGUUUGUCGACGUCGAGAUGAGCUUGAAGUAUUGUUCUGAGGUUGUCAAUAAUGAGAAGCCAACUCCAGUACCCCUGACCGCUAGAAGUGCUUCGCACCUGGAGUGUUCUUCCAAGAAGGAAGGCAAGGAUCCACCAGUGAUGCUGGACUGUAGGAGCGGCAGCUGUAUCGAUAUAGACACGGGCGUCGGAGGCGGAUACACAAAUAUUACGACGAGUAAUACUGCUAGGUACCGCAACGCGACCGGCGAAGCGUCGCUACAAACGAACCAGCUGGCUGACAUGAUCAAGAACAUGUGCGAGUCAUUCACGCUCAGCCAGGAGAGACUGCUCAACAUGAACUCACGACCCACCAUGACUGAUAUGCAGGUGCAGUGUGAGGCAGAAGCCAAAGAAACUGAGAAAUCUAAUCCUACAGUUGACUGUUGUGAUGCCAAAUGUGACGAUAAGACUGAUAAUAUAGAACCUACAGCUACUAAGACUGAAUCUUCUACACAAAGUGAUCCAAUAAUAACAACAGAAAAAGACUUGAUCAAACAAGCGAUACCUGUGCCAGAGCGAGAUGAGAUGAUCAAGCGAUACGUGGAAGAACUUGAAGACUGGAAGGAAAAGCAGCAGGAGUUGUAUAAAGUUCAAUUACAGCGCAAAGAGCAGUACCACCUCGAUCUCCUCGCUAAAGAGUGGUCGAAGAAGCGAGCCGAGUUGGAGAGUAAACUGCGCACGGGCAUCGAGCAGUGUCGCCACCUGGCAGCCGACUUGAGCAGAGCCACCGAGGACUUCCGGUUGCGCGGCUACAGGAACACUGAGAGGGAGAAAAAGCUACUAGAAGCCAAAAAAGCUCUAGAGCAGCACUACACAGCCAAAUUCCUUGAACUGCGAGAGGCGUCUCAGAGGAUGGAAGAGGACACGCAGAGGCAGUUGCGGGUUAAGGACCGAAGGAUCGACGAGCUCGAGCUCACUAACAUGGGGCUGGAGAAACAGAUUGAUUCGCUUAAGGAUCAACUCCGUAAGAACGAGAAGGAAGCGAGUUCCAAAUACAGCGGACUGACCAAGGACCAGACUGCUAGUCUUAUACAGGAAUUGCGCUGCCUAGAAGAGAAGCUGUCUGCCGCGGAACAGUCCAAAUGUUUCUUCAAGGAGCAGUGGGGGCGCGCGGUCCGCGAGCUACACUUCCUCAAGCUAAACCACAGGAAGCAGGCGCUAUCGCAACGCAGACAAGAUCGGAAGGAUUGUGAUGGACUUGAUACAAUACCUGAUAUCGAUGAGAACAACAUAACUGGGAAUCCCAUGGAUGUAAAGCGAUUAAAAGAUGAUUUCUACGUGGACAUAAUGGCCAACACGCCGAAUUUAGAAGCACAUUCUUUUAUUAGCACAUCAAUGUCUGGACUGGAAGGACUAGAACUGACCGAGCAGAUGAAAGAACUACCGAAGCAUCCCUUCAAUGACAGACUAAACGAGCUAAUGUCUGAGCGAGACGAGCUCAUCAAGCAAGACAGUCCCGACGAAGGAAAGCUGCAGCAACUGAACCACGAUAUCAGAUGUAUCUUGCUAAACUUUGGCACUUGACACGAUCUUUCUAAUAGUGUAAUUUACAAGUUUCCGAUUGUUAGCUUUUACAUCGUGCCGAUUCGUGGUAGAAAAGGAAAGGAGACCAUAAAAUUAUUGAUGUUGCUGUUUUUAUGAUUUACUUAACCACGAUUAACUUUAUUGUUGAAUUGUAAUCAAGUGAAACAUAAUAGUGUAUUUUAAGAUUUUAUACUCUUUGUAGUUAAUGCAUCUAAAUAAAAUAAAUGAAUUUUGUAAAAUAUC